AAUAAUCAAAAUCUAGGCAUUUCUUUGUUUUUACUCGUUUUCCUCUUUUUCUUCUUACCGAAAAAAAACCAAAUCGAAAUUUAAUCGCGUUAGAUCCGAAGGGAGAGAAAGAGACAAAUCAACCGACACAUCGAAGGAACAAAAGCGUUUCGAUUUCCAGGGUUUCAUCCUUCCCCCACUUCAAAAUUUGUGAUUUUUUUUCUUCUGAGGUGUGAUUUGAUGGUGAAGGAAGGAUAUAUCUGAUAUUACAAGUGUUGGGUAAAAUUGGGGUUUCUUAGAUCUGAUGGACAAGAAUAAGAAGCAGGCUGAUAUGCUUGCUGCUGGAAGAAAAAAGCUUCAACAAUAUAGGAAGAAAAAAGACACUAAAGGAAGUAGUAGUAGUAAGACUGAUAAUAAAAAAGAAGCGGAUUUGCCGACUCCUAAAGCCAAAGACAAGAACCAAUCAAAACAGGCUUCGACUGCUAAACUAGAUUCUGUAGAAAACUCGGUUCCAGUAGAUCAUAGUGUGUCAGAGGUUGAUUCUUCUGUACCAUCUGAAACUACACUACCGCGUGAUGGGGAGUCGGGGAAUGUUGAUGUGGAGAUUGCACAAGGUAGGCUGCAGGAGAGUUCUGCUGUUGCAGUGGAUGUUGGAGGGGGGAUGCCAUCUGAGUUUGAAAGGAAAUAUCAGGAAGCUGAAGGUUCAGGUUCGACUCAAUAUGAUGGUGGAACUGGUGAAAAAGGCCACGAUACUUUACAAGACAGUGACAGUAUACAAGUUGGAGUUGUCAGGUCAGACGAGAAUAUAAGUGGCGAAAGUCUUGCUGGGGUAUCUCAUGACAGGGAGACGAUAGGCGAGUCAAAAAGAGAUCACGCUGAUGGUUCUUCUCUUCAGUCUGAUGCAACCCACAGAGAGGAAGGAACUCUUGACAUGACUGCAUCAGCUGAAACUACCAUAGAGACAGGCAGAACUCAGGGCAUAAAUCUUACAGAUGAACUAGAUCUGCCUCCAGGAAAAGCAGGGUCAGAUUUGUCUUGUUUAGAAAAUCCGGAGUUUGCUGAUGCGUUAGAGCAUGAUCCAGUGCAUGGGUCAAAAGCAGAUAUUGAGUUAGAAGGAGCAGUUGGCUUUCCUCAAGAAGAUGUUAUAGUUGUUAGUAAGAGCCUGGAUAAAUCGCUGGAGGCGGAAACGGAUGUCUUAUAUGGACGACGGACUACUUGUUUCCUCUCAGACGCGGGGUCAGUGGAUCUCUAUCAACUGGCAGAAGUGCUUAGAGAGCUCAAGGAAGAAGAUUAUAGAUUAUUAUUCAGCUUGGGACCAUCAACUUUUAAGGCAGAAUUGAAAGAUGCGCUUCUAACCCAGGAUGGCUUUGCAGAUUCUAUGGAGCAACUCAAAGAACAACUCUAUGUAUCAAAUGUGGCAAAAGAUUUCCUCUCUUUGCAACUAGCUGAGCAGAAUGACCUCCAGAUGGAGUUUGAUGCACAGAACGAUCAGUUACAAAAUGAAGUCUCUAAUCUUAGGUGUUUACUCAGUGAAUCUGUGGAGUCCAGGAAAACCCUAAGUGAGGAGCUUGGACAGUGUAGGACUGAGCUCCAGGCUGUGUCUGCUGGGAAAGAGGAUCUUGAAACCCAGUUUCUUAUUGCGAAGUCAGAGGUUGAGGAAAUUUCAUUUAGGUCUACUGAGUUGCAGUCGAAGCUUGAAAGGUCGAAUGAGGAGUUGACGAAUGUGUCAGUGGAGUUGGCACAGUGCAGGGAUUUACUGGAGGCAUUACAAACGGAGAACUCAACAUUAAGUGGGAAUCUAAUUUCAGUGGCAGAUGAAAGAAUGAUGCUUGAAGAGGGUAAAGAGUAUCUUGUUCAUGAAAACGGGAAACUUUCCACUCAGCUAAUUGAACAUCAAGAGCGCUUUGCAGCAGAAUGUGCUAAACAUGUGCAGCUUGAAAUCGAUCUAAAAGAAGCAAUGUUGCAUAUCGAACAACUCACUGAGGAAAACAUUGUUCUCUCUAGCAAUCUAGAUAUACAUAGAGCCAAAGUAGAAGAGAUUGAGAGUGAUAAUGUCCGGACUUCAUCGCACGCCAAGGAUGUAACGGAUCCUCAAGAAAGUACCCAUGUGCCUACUUUAGUCCCAUCUGGUUCAGUCAGUGAUGCAUGUUCUCACCAAAGCACUGAGAGGUGUGAAGAAGAGGUUACUUUUGGUUUGGCGGCGGAUUCCACAACUCUCAAGGGUACAGAUGAGCCUGCACUUCAGCAUAUUGAAACAGAGGAUGUUGAUAAUUCUGCUGAUUUAGAUGCCCUGAAUAUACAGUUUGAGGGCGCUAAGACGAUCUUGCAGAAACUUGAAAAGGCGAUUGAAGGGAUGCAAUCACGUUCUGUAUCUUUAAGUAGGUCAAGUUCUAAAGUUCCUGCACCCGGGGUGUCAAAACUCAUUCAAGCAUUUGAAAAAUCGAAGGCUCAGCAUGAUGACAUUGAAGCUGAAUCAUUGCAAGUGGCAGAAGAUGAACAACCAGCAUUUAAGUCAGCAAAGGAACAAACAAGGCUUUUGAGAGCACUGUUGGCUGAGUUGGAUCAGAAUUCCAAGAAAGCCAAUGAGCUAUUCAGGGAAGAGCAGAAGGGUAGAAAAACUGCGAACUUGGCAUUAAGUGAGCUCGAGGAUCUUUAUGGAGCCUCCAAAAGAUAUUCUGACCAUAUGGAAGCAAAGAACAACAAGCUUGUUAACAAACUGGCAGAAUAUGAAUCCAGAAUAGAGGAAUUGUUAACUCAUUUACAUGGAAUAGAACAAAAUGCAGACACAAAGAGGGAUGUUAUCUUAAAUCAAGUAGAAAUUAUGCAGAAGGAAGUGGCAGACAAGGCAGAUGCUCUAGAAAAAGAAUGGAACUCUACUGUUGCUACAGUUUCUGAUAUGAUUGACAAGCUUGAUGCUUGUACCGGUAGUCAGCUCACCUCCACAAGUUUAGCGGGCUCAUCACUUAAUGUGGUUUCUCGUGUGGCUGCUUCAGUGAAUGCCGCCACUGAAGUGAUUGCGGAUUUGCACAAGAAACUCGAAGCAGCAUACAAGGAUCAUGAGGAAACCCGUAGGUCGUAUGAGGAUCUGCACAAGAAACUUGAAGCAUCCUACAAAGACCAUGAGGCAACCCGUAUUUCAUCUGAAGAUUUGGACAAGAAACUCGAAGCAGCUUACGUGGACAAUGAGGCAAUCCGUAGUUCUUAUGAGGAUCUGAAUGAGAAAUUUUCAGACUUGAAUUCGAAAAAAGAAUUAGCCACUGGGAUCCUGCAGACAAUUUAUGAUGAUCUUAGAGAAUUGGUAAUCAGCUCCCUUGAAGAUGGAACAGGGAAUGCAGCAGACUUAGAAGAUAAGACUCCCCAUGAUCAUUUGCCGCAUAAUAACUGUAAAAAACUCAUUGAGAGGUUGGGUAAGCUUCUAGAAGACAGGAUACUACUUCAAUCUGCAAAUAAAGAACUUGUGUCUGCAAAGGAUGAGCUUGAAUCCGAGAAGAUUAAACUUGAGUCGAUAAAGGAUGAGCUUGAGUCUACAAAGUAUGCACUUGAAGUGGAGUUGGUGAACAGAAAGCAUGAUAUUGAAGAAUUAGCGAAAAAGAAUAUUGAUAUUAACCCUAUUCUCAAGCUAGUGGAAGAUGUAGAAGCUUUACCUCAGAUGCAGGACACUGAGAAGGACUCGGAAGUGUCCCCAGUUUCACGCUUGGAGUCUUUGGUUGCUUUUCUUAUUCAAAAUUACACUAAUGCUAGUCAGCAAGUGAGUUUGUUGAGAGAGGAGUUGGACUCUAAGGUGACAGAGUUGAGUGAAUUACAAGGAAAGCUGCAUCAGUUAAGCUCCUUGGAUUCCGACCAUGCUGAUGAAACUCAGACUCUGAAGGAAAAAAUAAAGAAAAUGGACGAGGAUCUUGAAGCUGCUCGUGUCGAGUUACAAACAAAGGGAGCUGAACUGGAGCAGUCAGAGAACCGAGUGAAUUCAAUCAGGGAGAAGCUUAGUAUAGCCGUCGCCAAGGGAAAAGGCUUGAUUGUCCAGCGAGACAGCCUAAAACAAUCACUUUCAGAGAUGUCGACUGAGCUAGAGAGGUGCUCAAUGGAGCUACAGCUGAAAGAAUCAAGGCUUUAUGACGUUCAAACCAAACUCAAGUCCUAUUCAGAGGCAGGUGAACGUGUUGAAGCUUUAGAAUCUGAACUUUCGUACAUACGGAAUUCCGCUACUGCAUUAAGAGAAUCCUUUCUUGUUAAAGAUUCUGCUCUUCAGAGGAUAGAAGAGAUACUUGAAGACAUAGAUUUGCCAGAGCAUUUUCAUCCCAGAGAUAUUGUCGAGAAGAUCGAGUGGUUAGCGAGAUCAGUUGCUGGGAAUUCAUUGCCUGCAACUGAUUGGGAUCAGAAAAGUUCUGGAGGAGGAGGAUCUUAUUCUGAUGCUGGUUUUGUUGUUAUGGAGAACUGGAAGGAAGAUGUGCAGCCAACCUCAAAUUCUGGAUUAGAUGAACUGAGAAGAAACUACGAAGAGCUUCAGAGUAAAUUCUAUGGCUUGGCGGAGCAGAAUGAAAUGUUGGAACAAUCUUUGAUGGAAAGGAGUAAUCUUGUGCAGAGAUGGGAAGAAGUGUUGGACAGGAUUGACAUGCCGUUACAGUUGAGGUCAGUGGAGCCAGAAGAUAGGAUUGAGUGGUUAGGGCAGGCUCUUUCCGAGGCCCAUCAUGAUAGAGAUUCGCUCCACCAGAAGAUCGACAACUAUGAAGCAUAUUGUGAUUCACUCACAUCCACUUUGGAAGAAUCGAAAAGGAAAGUCUCAGAUCAUGAGGAAUUACUUCAAGGUUUAGCACGCGAAAAGGAGCUUGUUGCUGAGAAACUGGAGAGCCUCACUCUUGAACUUGAGAGAGUGUCAGAGAAAGCCACUCAAUUUGAGCUUGAGAAAGAUAGGUUGCUGACUGAAAUAACUGACUUGCGAGAGAAGUUGGUUGAUAAUGUUGAGAAUAAGGAUGGACCUCAUACUGAAGAUUACAUGAACAGGUUUCAGGUUUUGAUUAGCGAGGCAUUGCAGGAAGGCAGUCCAGAACCAGAAGGGGCAGAUUCUUGUACCAAGACCGACCGCUUAGAAGGAUCUCUGAGGAAACUUAUUGACAACUACAUGGCUCUCUCUCCCAGGAAACAUGUGCUUCAAGAUACAGAUAGAGACAGUGGUCCAGAGGAUACAUUUGGUGAGCGGAGUUUCGAAGAUGUCUUGAACUCCAAAGAGAAGGACACUAUGCUUCUGAAGGAACAGCUCGAGGAGGCUUUGGUUAAUCUGGCAGAAGUCAAAGAAGAGAAAGAUAAGAUUCUUGAAAAAUAUCAGUCUUUGAUUGUGGAAUUUGAAUCCUUGGGUAAAAGAAAUGAUGAUCUGCAAGUUAGAUUUAAUCAAGAGGAGCAGAAGGUGGGUGCUGCAAGAGAGAAAUUAAAUGUUGCAGUCCGGAAAGGAAAAGCAUUGGUGCAACAGCGUGAUAGUUUGAAACAAAACAUUGAUGUAUUGAACACUGAGGUUGAGCGAUUGAAAGGUGAGCUGAACCAGCGGGAAGAUGGUCGUGUAUCGUAUGAGCAAAAAAUUCGGGAUUUAUCAGUGUACCCAGAGAAAGUAGAAGCUUUAAAACGUGAGAGUCUAUUCUUAAAGAAUCGUUUGGCAGAGACGGAGCAGAAUUUGCUGGAUAGUAGGCAGACCUUGACUCGAUUAUGUGAUGUUGUGAAUUCUGUUGAUGUCGGCGAUGGUUUGAAUGUUAGUGACCCAGUUCAUAAGCUGGAAAGGAUUGGGAAAGUAUGUUACGAAUUGCAGGCUGCAGUAGCCUCUUCUGAGAAUGAGUCGAAGAAAUCCAGAAGAGCAGCUGAGCUACUUGCUGCAGAACUGAAUGAGGUUCAGGAAAGAGCUGAUAAUCUCCAGGAGGAUUUAGCACAGGCAGAAGCUGCAUUUUUGGAUCUUGCCAAUGAAAGAGACUUAGUAAAUAAUGCUAGAGUUGAAGCUCUUUCACGUCUUGAAAAGUUCACUACUGUUCGCACAGAAGAAAGAAAGAACGAACUUAUGGAAAUCAUGAAGUUAAAAACUGGAAUUGAUCAGCUUAAAAAAGGAUGUUUUGGUUUUACUGAUCUGCUGGUCAAUUUUUUCACCAUGGAUUCGGAGCUUCUACGAAGUUUGGGGACAGGUUUUCAAGCUUUCCUCCAACAGGACGGAACAAAAGUGGAACGUCAACUUCCUUUUACUGCUCCUUGUUGUGUGUUAUCAAAGAACUCGGUGGACGAGGUGAAGUUUCCUGCUACUGGCUCAUUGGAAGAACUUUCUGAUGACAGUACAGUAAUUGAAGUGUUCGGUAUCGUUGGCUAUGGUUUGCAAGAUUGCAUAAGAGAAAUUGAUGAUCUGAGCGAAAGAUUAUACAAACACUCCAUGUCUUCUGAUCAACAAGCAAAGGGCCUCUUUAAGGUUAUGGAGUCUGUUUACAGAGACAUAGGUUUGCAGAAAGAUUCUUUUGAAUUGAUGAGGAAUAAUAUCAGUAAUCUAGAAUCCGCGGCCAAGGAAAAAGAUACCAAUAUCAUUUCGAUGCGUGAAAACUUCAAAUUGUUGUAUGAAGCAUGUAGCAAUUCAAUUUUGGAAAUUGAGAAUUGUAAUGCACAUAUUGGUGGAAAUGGUUUGCCUUCUGGAGUACGUGGGGUGGACUUGAAACUUCCGAUAUCCAUCGAUGGUCGAGAGUCUGUUGACAAGAACGCUCCAUUUACGGAAGAGCGUAUUAGGACUAUGGCAUAUACCUUAUUGUUAGCUGUGAAGGAAUUAACUAGUUUCGAGUUAGGGACAGUAGAGAACAGCCAAAAAGAACUGAAAACCACCAUCUCAAAUUUACAGAAUGCACUGCAAGAGAAAGACGUGCAAGGAAACCAGAUAUGCACCGAGCUAGUUAAUCAAAUCAAGGAAGCUGAAGCUAUUGCAAAUAAAUACUUGAUAGAUCUUGAAUCUUCAAAAACCCAGGUUCAUAAUUUGGAGAAACAGGUGGAAAAACUGCAGAGAGAGCAAAUUGCGCUCGAAUCAAGACUGAAGGAGCUGCAAGAUGUGGAAACCUCCUCCAAAGAGUUGCAUGAUAGGAUCAAUUCAUUGAAUGGUGAUAUCACUAAAAAAGAACAGGAAAAUGAGGCACUUAUGCAAGCACUUGACGAGGAAGAGUCUCAGAUGGAAGAAUUGACGAAUAGGAAUGAGGAGUUGGAAAAGCUUUUACAACAAAAGAAUCUUGCUUUGGAACACCUCGAAGCUUCUCGUGGCAAGACCAUGGCUAAACUUUCCACCACAGUAAGCAAAUUUGAAGAGCUUCGUCAACUUUCGGAGAGUCUUGUCUCUGAGGUUGAAAAUCUUCAAUCCCAAGUACAAUCGCGGGACGAAGAGAUCUCAUUUCUGCGACAAGAGGUCACUAGGUGCACCAGUGAUGUUUUAGCUACAUCACAUGAGAGCAGUACGAGAAAUUCAAAUGAAAUGCAUGAGUUGUUCACAUGGUUGAAUCUGCUGGUCUCACGUCUUGGGGUGGAUUUGAAAUUUGAUGAUAAGGAGUGGAAUGGUCAAAUUAAGGCUUGUAAAGAGAUUUUUGAGAAAGAGAUUACAUCUGUUGUGUCUGAAGUAGAGGAUCUUCGGGUAAUGGCUCAAAGCAAAGAAGCUCUUUUGCAAGUAGAAAGGACUAAGGUGGAAGAGCUGCAACAUAGAAGGGAAGCCCUUGAAAGCUUGUUACAUGAAAAGGAAUUGCAAUUGGCUUCACUUCAAGGUGCUAGAGGUCCUGGAGAAACACCUCACAUGACUUCCUCAGAGAUCGUGGAAGUUGAACCAACGAUAAACAAAAGGGGGGUUGCUGGGGCCUUAGUUCCAUCACAUGUGCGUAGUUUACGUAAAGGAAACAGUGAUCAGGUUGCCAUAGCCAUAGAUAUGGAUCAAGAAGCGAGUGCUUUAAUUGAUGACGAUGAUGAUAAAGUUCAUGGUUUCAAGUCACUCACUACUUCGAGAAUUGUUCCAAGAUUCACCCGACCUGUAUCUGACAUGGUGGAUGGGUUGUGGGUUUCAUGUGAUCGGGCGUUGAUGAGACAACCUGCUUUACGGGUUGGAAUUAUCUUAUAUUGGUUUGUUGUGCAUUCUCUGCUGGCAGCUUGGAUAGUAUGACAAAAGUCCCACAUGUUGGGACAAUCCAAAUGGUCUCUUCAGUACAACUUGGAGGAUCAUGAUUUCCCCUAAAAACCCUAGCGGACCGUAUACUUAUUUGUAGGAAACAUACCAAUUCUUUGUUAGAUUAGCGUCAGAGUUCAUGUUGAUUGAUUAUUUAGCUCAACCAGGCAGCUUCAGUUUUGUCACUGUUUCUGUGUUCUUUAUUUUUUUGGUCACUAUUGAAUCACAGAGAGUGCCUGCGUUGCAUUCAAUAAGUCAUGCCACCAUCUUCACGAUCAUCGUUAUAGAAAGAAAGAUUUAGAGAGAGAGACAGAUGAAUGUUUUGUUACUUUUUACAGUCUAAUAAAAAAUGGUGUAUAUUGUUGAUAGAUAUAUUUUGAGUUCUAUACCUUGUCUUAUAUGGAACAGUUCAGAUACCUCAAUCCGGUAAUGGUUGGUAUUGGUGUUUUUGUGUAUUGUGCAACAUUUCUAUUGUGUUUUGGCCAUUGGAA